CUGUGGGUGCUAGACUCGGUUCCGGGCCGCAUAUCUGACUGCACGUUGGGGGAGGAUGCGGAGCGGAGGGACGUGGAGCGAGUGAUUGCAACGCUGCAGGAGCUGCCCCGCCCUAUUCCCUCCAAAAGGUGGCUCCUCCAGGAGCUGACUCAGCGCCGAGGCUUCUCCUCAGGCUUGGCUGAGUGGCUUGCCACGAGCCUCAGGCCCAUAGCUGGUUCGGCUGGUUCGGCUGCUGCCGGGGCUGGUGUGAACGGGGAGAUGGAUUGGGUAUUCAACCUGGAUGGCGCUGUUUCUCUCUACAACAGCUACAGACAAUCCCAAGAGCUUCAAGUAGAGAGGAUUGGUAGGGCGGUUCAAUCGGAGCCCAAGUUUGUGAAGCCAGGAGCAGGUGAGGGAGUGAAGUGGGGAUUGGUGCAGCAGCCGUGGCACCAACCCAUGCAGACCCAGGCGCAGAAAGUUCAGCAACAGCAGCAGCAGCAUCAGCUAGAGCAGCAGGAGGAGGGAGAGGUACCUACGGAGAAGCAGGUGGAAUGUGGUUGCACACAGGUGCACUUUGUGAAAGGGGAGAGGAGCGGCGUGUGGAAAGCCAAGUGCCUCGCUGACUUGGAGGAGGCAGUUGCUGAGUCGGCGAAGUGCGAAGAAGAGAGCUUGGAUUCGCUGAGGAAUGAGGGUGAUGAGGUCCCUUCAUCAUCCAUACCUGCUUCCCCGCUUCCUCUCCCCUUCCUUCCCCCUCCCCUCUUAUCUCUCACUCUAUUGCAAACUCUCACCUUCACUCCCCUUUCCCCUUCCCUGAUGUUCCCCCUUUCCCGUCUUCCGCCGCCCGCCGCGUCCCCCGCUCGUUCCCCCCCGCUCCUUCCGCCUCCUCCGCCCCUCUCCACGUGCGCCCGCCCCCUUCCUCCCUCCUUCGCGUGCAGCGACAUCGCCCCUGCUGGCGCGCGCUUCGCGUCGCAGCUCGCAGUGCGCAACCGCAUGAAGUCGGUGCGCAGUAUUCAAAAGAUCACCAAGGCAAUGAAGACGGUGGCGGCAUCCAAGCCUGUUACCCCCCCACCCCCCCACCCUCUUCCCCCCAACCCCUCUUCCUCCAACCCCACUUCCCUCCUGUAUUUUUCAGUGCGCAACCGCAUGAAGUCGGUGCGCAGCAUUCAGAAGAUCACCAAGGCAAUGAAGAUGGUGGUUAAUGCUUCCCCCCCACCUCCUUCCUUCUCUUGUCCCCUCCCUCUAUCAUCUCUCCCCCCUUCCUUCAGUGCGCAACCGCAUGAAAUCCUGCGCAACCGCAUGAAGUCGGUGCGGAGCAUUCAGAAGAUCACCAAGGCAAUGAAGAUGGUGGCGGCAUCCAAGCUGAGGGGCGUGCAAGGCAAGACGGAGCAGAGCCGCGGCAUGUGGCAGCCCUUUACCGCCCUCCUUGGCGAUAACCCCACCCUGGUGACUCCUCGCACGCUGAUCAUCGCCGUGUCAACGGACAGGGGGCUGUGUGGUGGUAUCAACUCCACUGUUGUGAAGCACAGCCGUGCCGUCUCUGCCAUCUCCGCGCCCUCCGAGGAGAACAAGUCGGUGUUUGUGAUUCUGGGUGAGAAGGCGAAGCUGCAGCUGCAGAGAGACGCAAACAACACCAUUCUCAUGACCGUGGCUGACACUCAGAAGCAGGGCAUCAACUUCACGCAGACGUCCAUGAUAGUGGACGAGAUUCUCAAGAACGUGGAGUUUGACACGGCUCGCAUCAUCUACAACCGCUUCAACUCCGUCGUCGCCUUUGUGCCAACUGUCUCCACCGUGCUCUCGCCCGAGGUGUGGUGCGCCCACCACAUCAUCUACAACCGCUUCAACUCCGUCGUCGCCUUUGUGCCAACUGUCUCCACCGUGCUCUCGCCCGAGGUGUGGUGCGCCCACCACAUCAUCCACAACCGCUUCAACUCGGUCGUCGCCUUUGUGCCAACUGUCUCCACCGUGCUCUCGCCCGAGGCCCUUCUCAAGGAGGCAGCGGAGGGUGGCAGUGCGAGCCAGCUGGCAGAGUAUGAGAUCGAGGGCGAGGAGGGGCAGUACUCUCCUCAAGGAGGCAGCGGAGGGCGGCAGUGCGAGCUAGCUGGCAGAGUACGAGAUAGUGACCAAGGAGGGGCAUGUGUGGGCUUGUCACACACCUUUUCUGUCAUCCUUUCACCCCCAUACCACGCUUCCACCCCCCACCAGACUCUCCUCAAGGAGGCAGCGGAGGGCGGCAGUGCGAGCCAGCUGGCAGAGUACGAGAUCGAGGGCGAGGAGGGCCAGGAGGAGCUCUUCCAGAACCUCUCCGAGUUCCAGCUCGCGUCGGUGAGUGUGGAUGGGUGGAGUGUGGUGGAGGGUGGUGGAGUGUGGUGGAGGGGCGUAUAUGGAGUUGGCUCAAACAUUGUGAAGGGCCAGGAGGAGCUCUUCCAGAACCUCUCCGAGUUCCAGCUCGCGUCGGUGAGUGGGGUGGAUGGAAGGAGAGAUGAGUGUUCGCGGUGUGCCGGAAGAGAGAGGGCUUGCAUGUGGCAUGGAGGGGCUCCAACAGCGUGGAGGUGCUCCAACAGCGUGGAGGGGCUCCAACAGCGUGGAGGGGCUCCAACAGCGUGGAGGGGCUCCAACAGCGUGGAGGGGCUCCAACAGCGUGGAGGGGCUCCAACAGCGUGGAGGGGCUCCAACAGCGUGGAGGGGCUCCAACAGCAGGAGGGGCAGACUUUUGAGUCGACUCAAAAAGCAUGGAGGGGCUCCAACAGCAGGAGGGGCAGACUUUUGAGUCGACUCAAAAAGCAUGGAGGGGCUCCAACAGCAGGAGGGGCAGGAAGAGCUCUUCCAGAACCUCUCCGAACGCUCUACAACGCGCAGCUGGAGAAUGUGUGCAGUGAGCAACGCUCUACAAUGCGCAGCUGGAGAACGCGUGCAGUGAGCAGGGAGCGCGCAUGUCAGCAAUGGACAACUCCUCCCGCAACGCCUCCGACAUGCUUGGCCGCCUCACUCUCUCCUACAACAGGUCUCGCCAGGCCACCAUCACCACGGAGCUUAUCGAGAUUAUUUCUGGUGCUGCGGCUCUGGAGGGCUAAGGCCAAUGCUGUCGUUACCGAUUUGUGGCAGCAUUUUCUAGACGCGGCGCUGCUGAAUCGCACGCUGGUGUUCCCAUCGCACGGGCCCGGAGUGGACUAUGACUACGAGCGGCUGUUGGAUAUGGAGGCGCCCAGACGCUGCUUUGGCAACCAGACGUUCCUGACGCUGGAUGAAUACGCUGCCAUUCAGGAAGCAAAGGUGGGUACCUUUGGGAGAGUGUGCCAGGGUUGGGAGCGGUGGGAAGGUGUCCAGAGGCUUUCCGGACAGCAGCUGAGGUGGUGGGUUGGGAGCGGUGGGAAGGUGUGUAGAAGUGUUCCCAUUUUACUGCACGGGCCCGGAGUGGACUAUGACUAUGAGCGGCUGUUGGAUAUGGAGCCGCCCAGACGCUGCUUUGGCAACCAGACGUUUCUCACUCUCGACGAAUGCGCCGCUAUCCAAGAGGCCAAGGUUGAUUGCAAGAGGAGGUGGGGGGCGGUGCUGGUGAGUGGUAGGGUGGUGUUCCUACCACACGGGCCCGGGGUGGACUAUGACUACGAGCGGCUGUUAGAUAUGGAGGCGCCCAGGCGGUGCUUUGGUAACCAGACGUUCCUCACUCUUGACGAAUACGCCGCUAUUCAAGAGGCCAAGAACCCCAAGAGGAGAAAGAGCGCACCUGUGAUGGUGGUGGACGUGUUCAUAUGCCACGUGCACCAUUACCAGACGGAGAGGGAGUGUGGUUACAUCCGACAACGGUACCAGCAGUUGCACAUCCACUUUGCUAAAACGGUCAUCCCGGAAAAACGUACGCCAAGCCCCUGGUUUAAAUACCCCUCCAAAGAGUUUAUGUCCCUCUUUAACUACGACGAUUCCGUCAUCGCCUUUGGGAACAUGUUUGGCGUGAGCGGGCAGGAUUUACGUUUUCACCAUGCCCGCCCGCUCGUGGUGCUGCCCGGAUGCAAAUACUACAUCAUGCCCUCACCCAUGGUUCGCCAGGCCGCUGCUGGGUUUAUCAACUCCUACCUCGGCAGCAGCACCAGCAGCAGUGAUAGUAGCAAUGCAGGUGGUGAUGCUGCUGGUGGGGGUGUUCGGGCUGCUGGUGAUGGUGGUGCUGGUGGAACCGGGGGUGGUGGGUUCAUGGCAUUGCACAUGAGACGAGGCGAUUUCUACCAGCAUUGCGUCAACAUGAAGGGGCAUUCCAAGUUCGCCUGCUACCACCCGAUCCGCCAGCUGGCGGCCUGCGUGGCGCGGCGAUUGGACGAGAAUCCGGGCGUGCGGGCGAUUUACCUCUCGACUAAUGGGGAUGAUGAUGAGGUGAGAAUGUUCCGGGAGUUUCUCGCGUUUGAACGGGCGAGACCGCGGAAAUACGUCGUAAAUGGGACGACGGAGGAUGGACGUGUGGGGAGUGUGGUUCGGGGGUGGGGGGGAGGGGGAGGAGGCGGAGACGGGGGAGGGGGGACGGUUUUGGGCAGGCGGAAUGCGGACAGUCAGGGGGAUAGCGGAGGGUUUGGCGGGGAGCGGUGGGGGAGGCAAAGAGUAGGCGGAAGAAGCGGGGAGGGCGUGAGAGCGCGGCUUGGCGACGGCGGAGGCGGAGGGGGAGGGGGAGGCGGAGGCGGAGGGGGGGAGAGGCGCAUUGCGAGGCGGAAGGCGUGCAAGUUCUGGCUGGGCGGAAGCUGCAACCGCCAUAACUGCACGUUCCUCCACGCCCACACGACGGCUGCUGACGUGGAGAUGAUGACAGAGCUGACGGGGCAUGAGAAGGUGUGUGCGUGGGGGAGAGGGGGAGGCUGUGCGUGUGGUGCGUGCGGGCCACAGCUCUAUCAAGGAGUACACGGCAGUCAACGAGUCAAUGAGUACCAAACCCUUCACAUCUUGCGCUUUCUAUUCCCUCCUCUCUUCCAUCCCCCGCAGGUGGUGGUGCGCGCCAUAGCUCUACCGGAGAGCUCCUCUCAGCUGUACACGGGCAGUCAGGACGGGACCAUCCGCGUGUGGGACUGCACUUCGGGGCAGUGCGUGAGUGUGGCGAGCAUGGGAGGGGACGUGCGAGCACUGAUCACCAACUCUGGAUGGCUCUUUGUCGGCCUGCCCAACCUUGUCAAGACGUGGGUGCUGGCGAGUGGGGUGCAGGGCGACUUGCCGGGCCCCACAGGGUCGGUGCACCAGCUGUUGUUGCACAACGGCAUGCUCUUUGCCGCCUGCUCUGAUGGCAAGAUCCUGUGUUGGAAGUUCAACCCGGCCUCCCAGCAGUUCGAGCCCGUGGCGUCACUGAUGGGCCACAGGGCUGCUGUGGUGUGCCUUGAAGCCACUGCCACGCACCUCUUUUCCGGGUCCAUGGACAAGAGCAUCAGAAUAUGGGAUCUCAGCACGGGGGCAUGUGUGCACAUAGUGCCGGCUCACGACCACGUGGUGAUGGCGCUGGUGGCCUGGCAAACUCACUUGCUCUCCUGCUCGCUGGAUGGGACAGUCAAGGUGUGGGCGCCGUCAGCAGCAGGAGGGGGCGCCAUCGACCUGGCGUUCACUCACACAGAUGCGGACGAUAAGGGAGGCAGCGGGCAGACCGACAGAGAGCCUGAUGGAGCGCUGGCCAUGAAAGUGAGCACGGACCUGGCAGGCAAUCAGGUGCUCAUGGUGGCAUACAGUGACAACUCUGUUCGCCUCUACGACCUCCCAUCGUUCACAGAGCGGGGGGCGUUGUUCACGGUGCAGGAGGUGCGAUCGCUGUGUGUGGGGCCCAGCGGUCUCAUGUUCACCGGUGACAGUGCAGGCACCGUCAAGGUGUGGCGAUGGAAGCAGUGA